CGCAGGGGAAAAGCUCCGAAGCAGCCAUGGUGAAGGAAAUGCCGCUCGACAUCGGGCUGCGCGUAGACGUUCUGGACGACGAGGGUAUCUGGAACACGGGUGUGGUCGUGGACGUGGGCAAGGAGGCUGACGAGGACGAGGACAAGGUCGAAGUCAAGUACGACGGAUGGGGCGACGAGUACAACCAGUGGAUCGACGUGGCUUCGCAGCGUCUGGCCCCGCUGCACACGUACACGAUCGUCAAGAAGUGCUGGGCCAAGCUCACCAAGUGGCCCUGGUGGCCCGCCUUCGUGGUACUACGCGCGCCGACGACAGCGUUGGCAGCGCACGGCCUCGAGGAGGAGACGAAGCUGUACGUGGAGUUCUACGACUCGUUUAAUGAAGAGAAACGCUCGCGCUGCUGGAUGCAGAAGAAGAACGUGGCGUCGUUCCGUGACAGCUUCGAAGAGCGCGCGUCCAAGAACAUUGGCAAGAAUUUCCCCAAGUUUGUGGAGGGCACACAACGCGCCAAGGCCGGCACGUCGCCCUUGCUGUUCUCAGGACCGGGUACACUCCCGAUCGAGUACUCGAGCAAGAUGGCUGAGCCUUUGGACGAGAAGAGGAAGGAGUGCACCACGGAGCAAUGGUUCCAUCUCUACAGAGACUUUAGCAACCGCUACCAGGACUUGUACGGCUACUCUACGGCCCCUACCGGGUCGUCCUCGUCCUCGUCUCCUGGACUGAAGAUGGGCAAGCGCGCUCCUGGUCGCCCCAAGAAGGUGGUCAAGCAGGAACAGUCGGAAGUAAUUGAGGUACUGACCGAUACAAGCUCUUCCAUGGUUGGUUCUUCCUUUUCACCUGCCCCAUCCGUCCGCGACUCGAGCUCCAGAUCUUCGAGUAUCGCUCGGGACACCAGCGUUGCGACCAAUCGCGCGUUGUUUACCGCUCUGCAGUCUGUAGACGCAGCUUUGCCUGUUAACCGUCUGUACAGUGAAGACAACGGGAUGGCCCCCAUCGAACCCCGUCUUGAGGACGUGGUAGAUACGCAUCGACGGAAGCAUCGACCGGCCAAUUUGUCUGCGCGUGCUAAAGCUGCUAAGAAGCCCAAGACUGAGAGACAAGCGCCCAAGCGAGACCCCGAUUUCUACCAGGACUGGUCGGGUGGAUCUCGCUACGAAGUGGACAACAAGCCGUGGAGCAUUCUAGGAUGGCUGACGGAAGGGACGGAUGCACCGACGUAUCGCGGCGAAAUGCCAGGUGCUAGUAAUUGA